CGCGCGUAGCGAACACGUAACCUCCUCGUCGCUCGUCGUGGUGUUAACGUUACGAUUUAUUUUUCUCGAUUCAUUUCGCCUAAUAAGGCAAGAGGAUAAAAGGAAAGAAAAAAACAAAAACCCAAAGGAACUUUAGAUCCUUUAAAGCUCUCAGGCAUCUCCCAUUUUUCGAAAGAUAAAAUAUCCGCGCGAACGUACGAUAAAUAAUGUCCGAUCCCCGUAUAAGAACACUCAAGAUUAAGACGGGAGUAGUUAAGCGUCUUGCGAAAGAAAAGAUCACGUACGAGAAAGAAGCGACGCAGCAGCGCGAAAGGGUACAAAAGUUGAAAGAGCAGGAUAAAGAUGGUUACGACAUAAAAAAGCAAGAGGAGGUGCUUCAAGAAUCUUUGAUGAUGAUACCAGAUUGUCAAAGGCGUCUCGUUAAAGCAUUUGAAGAACUUAAAAACAUUCUGGAUACUGAACAAGAUUUGAAGGAAGUCGAGGAUUAUAUCGAAGCCGAAAAAGUGUUACAAGAGGCAGAACCACAGCUACCGAAAGAAGGGGACAUUUUGCAGAUGUGUUAAAAAGUGCUCCCUCUGUGACUUUUGCUACAUUAUUUUUAAAUAUUAUUCUACAGUUUUAUUUCUCACUCUUACUAAUCUUUUAUGUUCAAAGCAAAUCAAUUUUACACUUGAGAACAUUAUAGUAUUAAGUUUCCUUUUCUUAUAUUGAAUUGAAUAUUGCAAUUGAAUAUAUAUUUAAUAAUUA